GAAACCCAUACAAGCAAAAACGGUGAACCUGGUCGGAAACAAAAAACCACCUCAGCAGAACGACAUCAGUUUGCACCAGCAGUUUGCCAACUACAAGGAGCAGGUGAGGCGGAUUGGGCCGGAGCCCCCCCAACAGAGGCAGCAGGGCCAACACAAGGAUGACGCCCCCACCUGUGGCAUCUGCCACAAGACCAAGUUUGCUGAUGGCUGCGGAAACCUGUGCUCCUACUGCCAGACUAAGUUCUGUGCCCGCUGCGGGGGAAGGGUCUCUCUGCGUUCCAAUAACAAAGAGGACAAAGUGGUAAUGUGGGUAUGUAACAAGUGCCGAAGGCAACAGGAUAUGCUCACUAAAUCAGGAGAGUGGUUUCCAAGCCAUGGGCCCAAGGCUGGAGAGCUUGGGUCAGCAGUGAGUGAACCGGCCAUGUGUGGAGAUCCCGUUGGGGAGAAGAAGGUGCGCUCUAGGUCUCAGAACCCUCUCGACUCCUCCGUUUCCACUGCCCAUGAUACCCAGCCACAUGCCCCGACCGACCCCAGAAAAGGCCCUUCCACAGGGUCAGCCGACACGCUGUCAUUGCGGUCACGCAGUGAGCCUCCACAAGAAAGAAAAAAGCCACCAGCAGCCUCUGAUCAGAAUGGCAAGCUAGGGCCAAGAGGUGAGAGGCGGCGAGGCCUGUCCAAAAUCCACUCUGAGGAGCGAGAUACUGGAGAAAAUCGGAGAGAAAGUCGAAGACUGAUGAAGACUCGCUCUCAGGAGCACGACAGUCCUGAGACCAGGAGGAUUGAAGCAGAGCAGAAACCACCCAGGGAACAGUGCAGGUUUGAUGCUUCACAUCAUCCGGCCAAACUCCGGCCGGCGGAGCCUGAUGGACGUAUGCAUCCUAAGCCGAGGGAGGCAGGGGAGAUGGUGCAGGACAACAGAGGUGCACGUAGAUGGGCAGAUGGGCAGCAGGCCUCGCUGGAGGGCAAGCAGCAGGCCUACGCCCCAGAGAGAACCGCGGGGGGUACAGGUUUGCAGGGUGCGCCUGUUGUGCAGGGUCCUCCUCCUAAAACGAACCACACCCCACAGCCGCCCGCUCCAGGGUUCAGGGUGGGCCCUGCCAUGCCCGCAGGCCCACCUGAGCUCAGGGAGCCUCAGGAAUGGGACAGGAAGUUGCAGCCAAGCCACCUGGACCCCGGCUCGGCUGCGCUGUUGCGCAAAUCGAAACGACAAAAAGCUGAGAGCAUGCUGCGCAAUGAUUCGCUCAGCUCUGACCAAUCGGAAUCUCUACGACCGCCCCCACCCCGCCCCUACAAGAGCAAACGGGGAGGAAACAAGAGGCAGAUGUCUGUUAGCAGCUCGGAGGAAGAGGCCGGUUCGACACCGGAAUACACCAGUUGUGAAGAUGUGGAGAUUGAGAGCGUCAGUGAGAGAGGGGACUGGGAGUGCUGUCCACUGGACCCCACUGCGUGGCAUUAUGCCACUGUAGCUCACAUUGCCAGGGUCAUGGGUUCGAUUCCCAAGAAAUGCAUGAAGUUGUAA